UCUCUAAAAUAUUUUAAACCGGUUUCACCUGAGCGUAACUGAGGUCACCCUAGAACUCCCGGUAGUUUUCACUUUCAUUUCUACAAUUUGAUCGCCGUCGUGAUUUGCCGCCCAUUGACUGAUUUUUUGAGGCUUAGCGCUCCGCCCCCAAGCGCUUGUAUCUCGUCAAGUCUAAGUCGCAGAGAAUGAGGAGAUUCCUUUUCUCUCAGACCAGUUGUUCCCUGUUGAGAAGACAAAGAAGACCGAAAGACAUUCCCCACCGUUGGUUCCUAUCAUCCGCUUCCUUCUCUACUGCGGAAUAUGACGACGGCGACGCCUUUCAAAGCAGUCCUUCUAAAGUCAAGAUCUUCGAUCGCCACCUCAAACGCACACAGCGUGAUCGAGCUGCAUGGUUGCUUCGUCCCAAUGAUUCCUUCGUACAUGCUGUAGCUGAGAAUCUAGUAGAUCGCUUGGAGGACUGCAAGAAAACAUUUCCUACUGCAUUAUGUUUGGGAGGCUCGUUGCAAGCUGUGAGGCAAAUGCUGCGGGGACGUGGUGCAAUUCAAAAGUUUAUUAUGAUGGAUACCUCUUAUGAUAUGUUAAAGCUGUGCAAAAGUUCUCAACUGGAUUCCGGCAAUGAGAAUAUUGAGACUUCAUAUGUGGUUGGUGAUGAGGAGUUUCUGCCCAUCAAAGAAAGUUCAGUAGAUUUGGUAAUCAGUUGCCUAGGGCUCCAUUGGACAAAUGAUCUUCCAGGGGCCAUGAUACAGUGUAAACUGGCAUUGAAGCCGGAUGGCCUAUUCUUAGCAGCUAUUCUUGGAGGAGAGACCUUAAAGGAGCUGCGAAUAGCUUGCACUGUAGCUCAAAUGGAGCGUGAAGGAGGCAUUAGUCCACGGGUAUCACCUCUGGCACAGGUCAGGGAUGCUGGCAACCUUUUGACCAGGGCUGGUUUUGCACUUCCUGGUGUUGAUGUUGAUGAAUACGUGGUUAGAUACAAGAGUGCCUUGGAUCUAAUUGAACAUCUGCGAGCAAUGGGUGAAACUAAUGCGCUUCUGCAAAGGACCAAUAUCCUGAAGAGGGAAACAGCUCUAGCAACCGCAGCCAUCUAUGAUUCAAUGUUUGCAGCCAAAGAUGGCACCAUCCCUGCAACUUUCCAGGUAAUAUACAUGACAGGUUGGAGAGAACAUCCUUCUCAACAGAAGUCCAAAAGGAGGGGUUCUGCCACAAUAUCAUUUAAGGACAUACAAAAGCAAUUCGGAAAUGGGAGUUAAUCUCUAUGUUUGUGUGGCAGUGUUCGUCUAUUUAUGCAAAGAAUAUGUAAAAUACUAAAAUCUGAGAGCUGAGAAUAGCAUAGACGUGUCAGGUAACAGAGAAGAAGGUUUAGAGAUGAUGCGAAUAAACUCCGUUGUAAUUGCCAUCAUUCACUUCUAUUUGUAAGCUUUAGGUAGGAAGUUGAUGGUUAAAAUAAGAAACUGGGAAUGGACGUGUUAAAAAAAGUGGGAAGUAAAAUUAAGAGUUGACGAACGUCUACGUAAUAAACGGUUAAGCAUACACAAUCAAUACUUUUAUUUUAUUAUUUUUUUAAUCCACUCUAUAGUAAUUGUCUCAUA